UGCCGCUCAUGUGUUCAUUUUAAUUGUGUUCUGUCAAUAUAAAUAAAAAUUUUACUGAAGACUGAAGACUGAAGAUCACUCACAUUUUGAAAGUGCCUCUUCAAUAAUGCGAGGAAUGGAAUGGCGAGGAAGGUAGAAGAGCAGAAGAUGGGAAACAAAAUAACAGAUAAUAUAAACCGCACGUGCCAAUUUGCUUAUUGAAUUGACCAAGGUUUUGCCCUGAUUCUACUGUCAUUAGAGGAAUUCAAAACAUCCUUAGAAAUAAAAACACGGAGCCCUGCUGAUACCCUUUGAUUUUCGAUACGCUGUCCUCAGUAUGAAGUGCUUGUACACCUCUUUCGCCAUUUUCUCAAUACUUAUUUUUUUAAAUGGGGUUGAGCUGAGGAGGUCCAGAAAACACAAGAAUGGCGCUACUUCUACGACGAAACGUGUGCUUACUGAGAAAUUUCAACCGCCACUGACACAGGCUAAUAUGAGCAGCAGCGAGGAGGAGAUUGAAAGGGUUGCUUCAGAGCAGGAACCGUUGGAUUUUAUUUCCCUUGGUGCUGCCGCAAACAAGGUGCACAUAGCUCCUGAUGUAUUAGAACAAAUGAUGGAAAAUUUGAAACCCACUAUUGACCAAGUACCGGAUAAUUCCGGAAUUCCACAACCAGCGAUUGCAGGCCUCGUAAGUCCGGUUCGCGCUUACAUCGUUGGGGGUGAGGAGACGCUGAUUAAAAAUUUCCCUUGGCAAGCUGGUAUUAUCGUGGACAGACGCAACUUCUGUGGCGGAUCUUUGAUCACCGCCAUUCACAUUUUGACAGCAGCACACUGUGCAGACAAUUACCAUUCGUUUUCCGUAUAUCUGGGAGGAACUUUGCUUCCUCCAGCAAAAGAAUCGGGACGAACCAUAAUUUCCACAUCUGAAAAAAUCAUCCACGCCGACUGGAGCCCGAUAGAUAUGCAAAACGACAUUGCGCUUCUGGUUUUACCUAAUCCGCUUACCAAAGAACAAAUGAACACUCCAAACAUUUCACCUAUAAGGUUGCCAGCCAUCAACAUGGCAGAAAUGACCUUUGAAAAUCAAUUGAGCAACAUCUCUGGAUGGGGUCUAAACGCAACAGGAGGCGCUUUGACUAAAGUUCUUAACUUUAUAAACAUCACCGUGGUUCCACUGUCCAGAUGCGUUGAGGCAUACGGUGACUUUUUGCAGUCAUCCAUAAUAUGCUGCGAAGCGCCUGCAGGCAAAGCAACCUGCCAGGGUGAUAGCGGCGGGCCCCUGGUGAUUCGCGAGGCGGACAAAAAGUACACGCAGAUAGGAAUCGUGUCUUUUGGGCCCUUGACUUGCGGCACAGGACCACUGGGUUUUACCAGAGUGACGAGUUACCUGGGUUGGAUUUCAAAAAUGGCAGGGAUUGCUCUGAGGAAGACGCAGGUGGAAUCUCAGAGUCUCCUCAAGUCGGCUUUGGGAGGCUCUAACCAGACCUUAAUUUCAUUGAAAAUCAAAUAAUAAUGAUCGCAAGUCAACAUUUUGAAGACAAAUGAAAUCUACGUUUAGAAUUUAAUUUGCAUAUUAAAGUUGAAUAUCUGAAAGAAAUUAUUAUUGUUUCUUUUAAAAGUAUGGUGAAAAUUUUGCAAAAUUGCAAAAAUAAAUAAUUUUUAAUUUAUUUUCCGAUGUUUUGCGAGAAAUUUUUGGGAAAAUA